UCAAAAAUAGCAAUACCAUAAAAAAUUAGUCUAGAAAAGAGCGAAAAGAGACGUGAAGUGUUUCGAUAUUGUCGAAUUUAUCAGGGUUUUGUGAUUGUAAAAACUGUUUUAUUUUGCGAGUUUAAGAAAGUUUGUAUUGUAUGGAUUGUCGUUUAUAGCGAAAAUACAUUGUACGCGAAAUGAUUAUUGAAAAUCCAGACGCUUUCAAAUCAUGGUUGACGUCCAUAUUGGAACCCCUUUGCGAUGCGGAUCCCGCAGCAUUGGCAAAGUAUGUGUAUGCAUUGGUGAAGAAGGAUAAGCCAUUGGAUGAGCUUCGAGAUGGCAUGCUGGACCAACUAGAUGUUUUCUUGCAACAGGAGACGAAGCCGUUUGUAGACAUGUUAUUCAAGUCUCUGGAGAGCUUGGAGUACUUGAAAGGUGAACCUGAGAAGCCCCCCAGUCCUGCACAUAUCCCUAAAGAAAAUGAUAAACAGUUAGAUGUUGAAGAGCAACCGGCUUGUGCUACCAGUGCUUCCGCGCCGGGGGCCAAGUCCCCAGCGGGCGCGAGCGCUGUGGCUGCUGCGCCCGCGCUGGCCGCGGAGGCACCACGUCAUCGCCUCGUCCUGCCGCGGACACGCACCACGCCUCAUCAGGAGCAGACACUUGUCAAGGUUAUGCCUUUGACGGAGUUACUUGAAGAACCAUUGGAUCAACCGCCGCGCAGACGAGAUCGCAGAAGUGAUUCUCUCCGUGACAAGGAGGAGCGUCGCCGGCGACGUUCUCGCUCGUGGGAGCGACGUGCGCGGCCGCGACGUCACGCACGCGAGCCCGAGCACGCCGCACACGCGCCGCACGCCGCGCACCCCGCACACCCCGCACACGCCAAUGACGCACGGAGGUACGACAAGAGACGUCCCCUCUCCCGGUCGCCGUCACCGCGCGGCCGAUACAGGAACAGGAGUCCCCCUCCGGCUGUCAUUGAGAGACAAGCUAGCAGGUCUAGAUCGCGGUCACCAGUACCGCUGAGAGACAGAGAUUACGACCGGGAAAGAGAAAGGCUGCGUAUCCCCCGCGAGAUGGAGAGAGACAGAAUGUCGAGGGACCGCGAGCACAGGGAUAGAGUGUCCAGAUCUAGGGAUAGAGAUCGGUCACGCGAUAGGUCCCGUGACAGGUCUCGCGGCUCCACUUCACCUCGGUUAGAGGUUCCUGACGCCUACAAGCGACGCUGCAGGGACUAUGACGAAAAAGGUUACUGCAUGCGCGGUGACUUUUGUGAGUGGGAUCACGGCACUGACCCGCUGGUGUUGGAGGACGCCACGCUCUCCAGAGUGUUGCCCAUACAGCCGCCCGUGCCUGAGUACAACCCGCUGACGCCGGACAUCUGGUGCGGGGCGGGGUUCCCUGCGUUCGGUGCGCACCCGCACGCGUUGCCGCACCACGCCCUGCCGCCCCCGCCGCACGCCCAGCUCCCGCCGCACGCACCGCAUCCGCCCAGGGAGCUCGUGCCCAUACCCAGAGUGCGUCAUGAGAAUCGUGCAGAGGCGAGGACGGAGCCCCGCAACGACGCGAGGGCGGAGGUGCCCUCUGCGCCACGACACGACCGACCACCGCCCAAGAAGAACUUUGAUUACCACCGCUUGGGCAACCGAGCGCCCCUACCGGCCAAUGCUGGCAACUGCUCGCUGGAGGUGAAGAAAGUGCCGCGUGGACUCAACGAUAUCACUCAUCUCAACAACCACUUCAGCAAGUUCGGCAAGAUUGUUAACAUACAAGUGAGUUUCGAAGGUGAUCCCGAGGCGGCGCUGAUAACGUUCUCCAACCCGACAGAGGCCAACGUGGCAUACAAGAGCACGGAGGCGGUGCUCAACAACAGAUUCAUCAAGGUCUUCUGGCACAACCCAGAGAACAAACAGGAGAACAUGGCGCCGGGCGGGCAGCAGGCUAACAAGCAGGCGGACAGACAGAACGCGCACCAUCCAAUGUCACACAACAAGGUGCUCAUCAACAGGGACAACAUAAAGGCCACAGCGGACAACAAACAGUCCAUACAAGCUGAAAAGGCUAAAGAGAUAACAAACGGCCAGGAACCUAAGAAGGAGGCAGUGAAGCCGAUUGAGAAGAACAAGCAGCUGCUAGACGUCCAGAAACGUUGCCAGGCGCUGCUGCAGACACAGCUGCAGCAGCAGAGGCUGCUUAUACAGCGCUUGGAGACCGGCAACGUGAGCGCGGUGCAGAAGCCGGUGCUGCUGGAGGCCAUCAACUCAGCGCAGGAGGCGAUAGAGAAGUUGCGUAAUGAACUCAACUACACAAUGAAGCAGUUACAGGAAGAGAGCGUCGCGCGGUCGAUGUCGCGGCUGCAGCUCGCACAGCAGGUUAAGAAACCGAAGACGCGGGAGGAGGCGCAGAAGGAGAUCCUGGAUGCUGAACUAGAUAUGUUCACCAAACAACAGGAGGGUCAGGACGUGACCGAGCUGCUGAAGAAGAUAGCUGAGCUGCGGAGGCAGAUGGCGCAGCAGUUCCCCACACAUCCCAUCAUCAGGAGAGGACAUUCCAGGGGAGGUAGGUUCACCAGCAGCAGGUUCGUGCGCGGCGGUCUGGCCGGCGCUACCGGUGCUGGCCCCGGCAAGGCCUUUAGCGUCAACCAGAGCAUCGACCACCGCCCCCGCGCACUACUCGUAUCCGGCUUCGAGCCUGAAGAGCUCGACACACUGCUGGCACACUUCGCGCAAUUUGGCGAGGUGACGGGCAAGGAGGUGAACCUGGCGGUGCCGGAGCUGGUGCUGCAGUACCGUGCCCGCGCCAUGGCAGAGCUCGCCAUGCAGCGUGCGCGACAUUACAACGACCGCACCCUCUCUAUAACGUGGGUGACGAACAACAAGCCGAUAGGCGCGAGUCAGCCGCCACCGCAGGUGCAGAAUGGAGACACGACAGUAGAUGAACCCAAGGAGAACGAGAAGCAGAGCGAAGAGACGUUGCUGCGCUUCGACGAGGAGGAGGAGGAGGACGCAGAGGAGGACCGCUCCUGGAGACGUUGACGUCGCGCCGGCCGCUAGCGGCGGCUCCCGCGUCACGUCGCCUCGCGCCGCCUCACGCUGCGGGCACGUUGCAUCACGCUGCGGGCACGUCGCGUCACGCCGCGGGCACGUCGCGUCACGCUGCGUCACGCGUGACACUUGUAUAUACACGUAGCUUUGUACUCGUACACCAGCGUAGCGUUCUAUAGCAAUACAACUUGUUAUUAUUUAACAUAUCUAUAUAAAUGAACAGUGCUGCGGCGUGAGUUCGCACUGACAUAACAAAACAUGUUUCACGUGAAUGUUUUCUCAAUGCAAACUCUCGAGAAUAACUAUGAUAAGUUUUUAUUCUAAAGUGCUGUCGUAUAACACCAAUUAUCUAUACAACUAUAACUAAACUAUAUAAGUAACUUUUAUCUAUUAUAAUAAGAAAUUAUUCAAUUUAUUCAUUCAUAUAUCGUCUUUACAAUUUUUACAUAUUUUAAAAUAUAUAAAGGUUUUACGGUUUUUUGGGUUUUGAUCACUUAGAUGUGUUAAGUUACGACUUAUAGUCAAGUAGCGUUGUGUGGGGGGGGGACCGUGUCCUCAGUGUGGGGGGAGGGGGUGUAGGGGGAGGAGGUCGCGCUGGGAGCCUUUACAAUGUUGUCUUAUAUCAUACGUGUCUGAUACAUGUAGUUGUUGACUUGUGUAGCUUAGGCUUUAUUUAUAUGUUCAGAAUUAAUACAUAUAUGUUUAUUAGCCACUUCAUUUACUAUCUGGUAAUACAAUAUUGUCCUAAA